CCAAAUUAGCGAUAAGAAUAGCGAUAGUGGGAGUGGUUAUUACUUGUGGUGUCGUUCCUAUUGGUUACAUUAUUACCGACCAAGUUGCUCCCGAAAAGGCGGAAGCAUUUCGCGAAUUUAUCAGACUAGAAAAGCCAGUGAGUGAAGAAGAAAUUAUUAACGAGAAAACAAAAAUCGAAGAAGUUUUGAAUCAAGUAAUUAACGUUGAUGAAAGCGAAGAAUUAAAGGAAAAGCAACUAGAAGAAUUGAAAAAGUUCAAGGAAAAAGCAGUUAAAGAGGUCAAAACAACUAAUGUUCCUUUUAUAUCUGAAGAAAAAAUAAAAGAAGUGGCAGUAAUGGUCGCAAAGCAUUUAACAAGCGAAAUAAAGAUUCUUAAAGAUACUAUUACCAAUUUGGAAAGAAAAUUAGAAAGCCCAAACGAUAAAGCAGAAAAAAACAUUCCCAAAUCGAA